AUGCCUACAUCAUCAGAGGAGGAAAGAGCGUUGCAGCUUGCUGAGAAGGCAAGUGAGAGCACCAAAGCGGGAGAGUUGGCUGUUGCAGCUCGGUACCUACGCGAAGCUAGUACGAUUGCACCCGAGCAUCCGCAAAUCAAGGAAGCAUGGGUGGCACUGAAGGAAGAGGAGGGUAAGAGCGAGUUACUGGGUAUCUGCAGAGCUUGGGUCAAGAGCCGGGAUGAACAUGAUGGAGACAAGGCCCUGAAAGCCAUCAGAACGCAUGGGUUGACGCAGAAAGAGGCGGAACAGGCAAUGGAUAUUCUCUUCGACUUCAAAGGCGAGGAUGAUAUCUUGGAUCAUGUGUCCGGCGAGUUGCUGCAAAACCCUGGAGCUCAGAUGUGGCUUGCUAGAGCCAUCCGGGAGCAGCCGACACGCAUCUACUAUGAGAUGUUUGAGCGAGGAGACGACUCAAUUGAUGGAAUGCUCAAGGUGUUGCUCAACCGGGCUAUCUGGCCCGAUGACGAAUCCUUCAAGACGGGCCACAGAGAUAUCUUCAUGCUCAGUUUGGCCAUGAUGAUGGAGGAAGCGCUCGAGCAUCCGGAACGUGCAAUGAAGGGUAUUGCGCAGCUACUCGCUCACUACGCCGAACAUCUCAAGGGUAUCAUCGAUGCAGAUAGUUUUGACGUCAUACUCUCGUCGCUUGAUAUCCGACUGCCGGCUAGUCUACGCAGUCAAGCUACACUUGCAAGUAUUAAGCUGUUUGAGCUUGCGCCAGAUACUGCUGGAGAGCUCAUCUCAAAGUUUGUCACUGCUCGAGCCAAAAAGGGAGAAGCGAACGAUCUUGUCAUUGCCUUUUCCGCCGCAGCUGCCAUCUUCCCAGUUGCUGUUACAUCUGCCGCCGCCCUGUUCCUUACAGAUGGAUUUGUCAGUACAUUGGUGGACAGGGUGCGGAGCAAGAAGUCACACAAUCUGGAACAAGCGACUCUCGACCUGAUUAGUGCAGCUUGCGUGGACAAGAACUGCCGCGAAGCAAUCAGCAAGCAUUGUCGGGAAUGGCUAGAGGACAUGGUUGCAGAAUGUCCAAACAAGAAGCGGGCCAACCUAGCUGCACUCAUACUGGUCAAGUUGGGCGAGGAGCAACCAUCUGAAGAUGGGCCACGAAUUGUAAGGGCAGAGAAGGUGGAUCAGAGCGAUCUAAUUGCGAGCUUCAAGUCGAUGGUCAUUGGCGGUGACACAUCUUCCAAGCAGGACUCCGUCGAAGGUCUUGCCUACGCUUCUCUCCAGCCCAAGGUCCGCGAAGAUCUUUCCAAAUCGCCCAAAUUUCUCAAACGCCUCGUAGAAACCAUGAGCGAUGCAAACUCACCCAAGAACAUCAUAUUUGGUGGCCUCACCAUUUUCGUCAACAUCACACAAUACCUGCCGUUGCAGUCCGAAGAAGAGAAGCGCAUGGCACAGCUGAAAGCCUACGCCAACGUGCAGAAGCCAGCUGAUCCCGACGAACUCCUCAACGACGAGAACGUCACAGUACGAUGUAAACGUAUCCUCGACGCCGGCGUCGUACCCCUUCUCGUGCAAGUUUGCAAGAAAGGCUCACCAUCGAUCCUCACACAAAGCAGCCUUAUCCUGCUGAGCCUAUCUAAAGACACCAAAAGCAGAGGCACCAUGGCGCAACAAGGCGCAGUCAAACUACUCAUCCAAAUCUGGGAGCACAUUUCCUCUACCAACGACUCCUCCACCACAGGCACCACACCCUUCCCACCCGGCGCACUUGCCACAACCGCCCAAGCCCUCUCCCGCCUCCUCAUAAGCAUCAACCCCUCGCACGUCUUUAACGCCGCUCUCCCCAGCACCUCAGCCAUUCGGCCCCUCCUCAGCCAACUAACCCGCACUGAGUCCUCAACCUGGCAACUCCACGCCUUCGAAGCCCUACUUGCCCUCACCAAUCUGGCAUCCCUAGACCGCAGCACCCAAGACCACAUAAUCCGGCAAUCCUUCGACACCGUCGUCGACGACCUCCUACUCAGCAAUAACACCAUGAUCCGACGCGCCUCCACAGAGCUAAUCUGCAACCUCAUGGCCUCGCCCGUCUGCAUCGGAAAUUUUGUUGACGCUUCCCCCCGCGCAAAACACAGGCUACAUCUCCUGCUCGCCAUGACGGACGUGGAUGAUAGCGCCACACGAUCGGCGGCCGGCGGCGCACUAGCCAUGCUACUUUCUGUCGAUCUUGCCGUGGUCGAGUUUCUCAAGCAGGACAAGAGUGUUGAGUGGCUCGUGGGUUUGUGUCGGGAUGAAGACGAGGCGAUACGGUAUCGUGGUGUUGUUUGCUUGAGGAGUGUUGUUGAACUCGACGAGGGCAGAGAGAAGUGUAACAGUAAAGGGGCAGUGGAGGCGUUGAAGGUCGUGCUCAAGGAGAGUAGGAGUCAGGAAGUUUUGGCUGUGGGGGUGGAGGCUUUGAAGAUUUUGCUGGGGCAGUAG